AUGCCUCCUCAUACCUCUCUACAAUAUACCAUGCCUUCUAAUAAUACUACAAAUUCAAAGGCAACUUCAGCAUCUUCUUAUAUAUUUGCACCUAGUUGGUUAACGAAUCUAAAUAAUAAAACUGGUCCCGCAACAACUAUCUUAAGUCCAGCACACGUAUCAACGAUUGAAGGUAAUUCUAAUACAAACAACGAGACCAACGAGGAAGAAGUGGUGGUGGUUGGUUCAAAAAAUAGGGAUGGGUUAGGGGUUAUUAAGCAGGUUAGAGAUAAUAUGGUAAAAGAUAGCAAUUCUUCUCUAAGUAGCCCAACCCCACGAACGUCGUCGACGUCAACUCGCCCGAAGUCACGAGAUUUCUCUCUUUUGACGACUUUGGAAGAGACGGAGUCAAAUGAGGAAACCCUAAAAGCAAUCCAUGGACGGGCACGUUCUGUAUCUCAAGCCAACCCCAAUAUUUCGUCGUCUCCGACAAGUUUCGAUCGAAAUUUUCCCACUUUAGCCAAAAAUAAACAAAUUUCACUAUCCGUUGACCUCCCGGCAAAAAAUGUUGAUAAUAUGUGGGCAAAUUCCGAUAUAAAAUCAAAACUUCUUUCACCAACUACUUAUAAUCAUUUACCAGAGGAUUCGACUAAAUUAAAUAAUAACAAUAUAGAUAAUGAACCGGAACUUGAAAGGCGAAUGUCUUUGGUUCCUAAAGUCGAAAGUGGAAAAUUAGAUGGCAAACGAACUAUAAUAAAACAAUCAAUGAAACGUAAAACUAGUAGAUCAUUAUCUAUGGAUAGUGUUGCUCGAUCACAACAUUUUAGACCUUAUUUAAGAGAAACGGUAGGUCUAAGUAGUAGAAGGUUGAGUGUUGGUAAUAAUCCUAAAUAUAAUUGGAGUAGUAAUCUUACAAUGGGUAAAAUGGGACAUUUUAAAAUACUUUCAGAAGAUGAGGAAGAUAUCUUAAAUUAUUUUUUGACCGAACAAAUUAAUGAUAUAGGAUCAUCAUCAUCAAUUGAGUAUAAUCAAAUUAAUGAUGAUAACCUCGAAAAUUCCAACUCAGUGCCCCAAUCACCUGUUUCCACCUCACUAGAACGUGAAGAAAAAUUUCUUCGUCAACUAGGAUGGCAAAAACCAUAUGAGAAAGAUGAUGACAGUAGUCAAUGGGCAAUCACUGAAGAAGAAAAGAGGUUAUUUAUUAAUUUAGUUCGUGCUUUAAGUGGUGGUGUUUCAAUUAAUGAAAAGAGAAUAUCGAAAAAUACUUCUUUAUCAAAUGGAGAAAUUAAUCGUGCGAAAAGGAAUUGGGCAGCCGCAAUUACCAUAAAAAAACAAGAAUGGUGA